CGUCACCACUGACCGACACAUCUUUGUCAGUGAACAAAAUGGCAACCUACUGUCUCACUGUCGCCCGGCUCCAGCUGGCUCUGGGCCAUGGGGCACGGCGCCUGCAUGUAUCAGCAGCUUACAGAGCCAAGGCCAAGGUGUCUAUGAGCCGCUUCGAGCCCACUUCCUUCGUCAAUUAUGAGAGGCUCCAAUCCAACAUUGACAUUGUGCGAAACAGACUCAACCGGCCACUCACCCUGUCAGAGAAGAUCGUAUACGGCCACCUUGAUGACCCCCACAACCAGGAGAUCGACCGCGGUCGCACGUACCUGCGGCUGCGUCCCGACCGCGUGGCCAUGCAGGACGCCACGGCCCAGAUGGCGAUGCUCCAGUUCAUCAGCAGCGGCCUGCCGAAGGUAGCCGUGCCCUCCACCAUCCACUGUGACCACCUGAUCGAGGCCCAGACCGGAGGAGUGCAGGAUCUGGCUAGAGCAAAGGAAGUCAACCAGGAGGUCUACAAAUUCCUGUCCAGCGCUGGGGCAAAGUAUGGAGUUGGCUUCUGGAAACCAGGCUCUGGAAUCAUCCAUCAGAUCAUCCUAGAGAAUUACGCCUACCCAGGAGUGAUGCUAAUCGGCACAGAUUCCCACACGCCAAACGGCGGAGGGCUUGGUUCCAUCUGCAUCGGCGUUGGAGGAGCAGACGCUGUAGAUGUCAUGGCAGGAAUCGCCUGGGAGCUCAAGUGCCCCAAGGUGAUUGGCGUGAAGUUGACCGGUACCCUCUCAGGCUGGACGUCUCCUAAGGAUGUCAUCUUGAAGGUGGCCGGCAUCCUGACGGUGAAGGGAGGCACCGGAGCCAUCGUAGAGUACCACGGACCAGGAGUUGACUCCAUUUCCUGCACUGGAAUGGCCACCAUCUGCAACAUGGGAGCAGAGAUUGGAGCCACAACCUCAGUGUUCCCCUACAACCACCGCAUGAGGACCUACCUGGAGAAGACUGGACGUGGUGAGAUCGCUGCCCUGGCUGAUGAAUACUCCGACUCGUUGGUACCAGAUGAAGGCUGCGAAUAUGACGAGCUCAUCGAGCUCAAUCUGGACCAGCUGAAGCCCCACAUUAACGGACCCUUCACCCCUGACCUUGCUCACCCGGUGUCUGAAGUGGGUGCUAUUGCUGAGAAGAACGGCUGGCCGCUGGAGGUUAAAGUUGGUCUGAUCGGCAGCUGUACCAACUCUAGCUACGAGGACAUGGGCCGCGCUGCCUCUGUGGCCAAGCAGGCUUUGGAUAAAGGCCUGACGUGCAAAGCUCAGUUCACAGUCACCCCCGGCUCGGAGCAGAUCCGCGCUACCAUCGAAAGAGAUGGAUAUUCAAAGAUCCUUGGUGAUGUUGGAGGCGUGGUCCUGGCCAACGCAUGUGGACCCUGCAUUGGACAGUGGGACAGGCAGGAUGUGAAAAAGGGAGAGAAGAACACGAUCGUCACUUCCUUCAACAGAAACUUCACUGCCAGGAAUGACGCUAACCCUGCAACACACGCCUUUGUUACCUCCCCUGAGAUUGUCACUGCACUCGCAAUCGCCGGCACGUUAAACUUCAACCCAGAGACGGAUUACCUCACAGCCGCCAACGGCGAGAAGUUCAAGCUGGACCCCCCCAACGGAGAUGAGCUACCUGCCAAGGACUUUGACCCGGGCCAGGACACCUACCAGCACCCACCCCCUGACGGCUCCAGCGUUAAGGUGGACGUCAGCCCUACAAGCAACCGGCUACAGCUGCUGGAGCCCUUUGGAAAAUGGUGUGGCGGUGAUCUCGAGGACAUGAAGGUCCUCAUCAAGGUGAAGGGCAAAUGCACCACAGACCACAUCAGCGCUGCCGGACCUUGGCUGAAGUUCCGCGGCCACCUGGAUAACAUCUCCAACAACAUGCUGAUCGGUGCAGUCAACAGCGAGAACGAUGCCAUCAACAAGAUUAAGAACUACCUGACAGGGGAGUACGGACAGGUCCCCGAUGUGGCCCGUCACUACAAGGCCAACAGUGUGUCCUGGGUUGUGGUGGGAGAUGACAACUACGGUGAGGGCUCCAGCAGAGAGCACGCUGCGCUGGAGCCCAGACAUCUGGGAGGAAAAGCCAUCAUUGUCAAGAGCUUCGCCAGAAUUCACGAAACUAACUUGAAGAAGCAGGGUGUGCUGCCACUGACCUUCAACAACCCGUCAGACUACGACAAGAUCCGCCCUGAUGACACGAUCUCCAUCAGGGGACUCAAAACCUUCGCUCCAGGAAAGCCUCUCACCGCGCUCGUGAAGCACAGCGACGGCAGCGAGGAGGCCCUGGAACUGAACCACACCUUCAACGAGACACAGAUCGAAUGGUUCCAGGCAGGCUCCGCCCUCAACAGGAUGAAGGAGCUGCAAUGAUGGAGAGGAGUGAGAGGAACAAAACAUGUGGAGGAGGAUUUUCGGUGGG